AUGGACAUUCUUACGUUUAUUACUUCAGUCAAGUAUUCAGUGUACAAGGAUCCAGCAGGUUGGUUAGAAAUUAACCCUACCAAUGGUACCAUUGGCACCACUGCUAUCCUGGAUCGGGAAUCUCCUUAUGUUCAGGAUAACAUAUACACUGCUCUCUUUCUGGCAAUAGACAGUGGUAACCCUCCCGCUACAGGUACAGGAACUUUACACAUUACCUUGGAGGAUGUCAAUGACAAUGUCCCAUCCCUUUAUCCGACACUGGCAAAAGUUUGUGACGAUGCAAAAGAUCUCAGGGUAGUGGUACUAGGAGCAUCAGACAAAGACCUUCAUCCCAACACAGAUCCAUUCAAAUUUGAACUGAGUAAGCAAUCUGGCCCAGAAAAACUGUGGAGAAUCACCAAGCUUAAUAAUACUCAUGCCCAAGUCAUCCUGCUUCAAAACCUGAAGAAGGCCAAUUAUAACAUCCCAAUCUCAGUGACAGAUUCUGGAAAACCGCCUCUGACUAACAACACAGAACUGAAAUUACAAGUGUGUUCCUGCAAGAAAUCCAAAAUGGACUGCAGUGCAACUGAUGCCCUUCAUAUCAGCAUGACCCUUAUCCUCCUUUCACUCUUCAGUUUAUUUUGUCUGUAAGAACUCCUGACAUUUGAAGCUGUCCUACCGAGUUGCCAUGGCAACGAGAAGAAAGAAAACGUCAGAUCUGAAGAUUGCAGUUUACAGUUACUGUUCUUCACUACUAGGCCUCAGUUGCUCCAGAUUCAGUUUAAUUUGCCACCUCACUUAAUCUGUCCAACUAUACAUUGGUGUUUGACAGCCUCUGCCCUAACUUCCGCUUAUUAACGGAUGCCUCUUGCAAGACGCAAGGUUUAUGCGAAUUUUCUCUGAAUGUUAAAAGACCACGACAUCUAAACUGGACCUUGAGGGAGCAGAAAACAGAUUGACUCCAUUUUUUUCUAUCUGUUGACUUGUUGCUAUUCAACUGUUCAGAAAAUAUUUUGUCUGUGGGUUAGUAUUUGUAUAUGUAUGAGUGUAUGUAUAUAUAUAUAUUUAUAUAAAGAGAAGAGUUAUACGACAGGUUUAGCUUUUAUAAAAUAUUCAUCUGGAGCAUGCAAGGGACAAAGCAGAAUAAUACAGCCACAGAUGAAUUGUAACUAUUCUACCACGGCUAAACCUACUGUAUCUGCUGUUUGUAGCGUGGCCAGGAGGAGAGAGCCUGUUGCAAUCGCACCACUACAGCAGCCACUGCGUUGACACAAAUAAAGCAGCCCAGGGCUCCGCGGUGUCACUUCUUGUACCUCAGGUUCAGCAAACAAGAAACGCAAGUCCCCCCGGCUUGCUUCCGAUCCGAACUGCUUUCUUAUCCCCCCCCGGAAUUUACGAUCCGCAGGAGCGCAGCGCUUCGCUCCCCAGCGCGGUGCCGGCAGGGUCUGCGAAGCUCUGAGGAAGCGGGAAGCAGCCGGCACUGCGUGGGUCACGCUUUACAGCGCUGGGCCUGAUUUUAAAGGGGCUAAAGUCAGCUUCCUGUAUGUUCCCGCAGAUAAUUAUUUGCCGAGGCAGUUUACAAAAUUUCAGUCUUUCAUCAUCUCUGCAGACGCAGUUCAGUGGGUAGAGGUCUGCAUACGAGACGCUGAUUAGAACAGCAAAAGCCAAGUAUUUCUCAGAAGCACCGGUCUCUCUCAGCCUCUAUGCAGCUGUCAUUACAUACGCAAGCGCAAGGAGGAAAACGGAUACCCUAUUAUAUAAAUAUAUUCUCACACACACAUAUAUAUAGUUUUGAAAAUAUAUAUAUAUACAUACAUACACAUGUACACACAGUUUCCAGUUAAGAGUCACAAGAGCAUUUCUUUGUGUGUGUAAACUUACCACACUCGUUUGCAGACACGGAAAAAAGGGUGUUCAUUUAUAUAUGAAUAUGAAUCCUUUUUUAUUCUGUGAGCAUGUAAGGUUAAAAAAAACCCUUCUAACUGUAUCAAGAUGUUCAUCUUGUUAAUAAAUUGUAAAUGAUCCAUCAAAGCUCACACCAAAUUUUUAUAAAAUUAACACAAAAAGUAUACUAGUGACAGACUGUGGCUUUUAUUAGAGCUUGCCAGUAACUAGGGUAAGGUAAGUGUCUUAGAAUAUUUUAAUAAACUUGCUUAUUUAAAGUUUAAACAAGAAAGCUUCUUUAUGCAAUAGAACUUUGCAGCUGCAUUCUUUGGUUAGCAUUUUUACAGUACUUAUGAGUCAUACUGUAUGUUGUCUUUACUACAGUGAGAUUAUGAGCAUAUCUUCCACACCACGUAUAUGUUUCAAUAGUAAAGCUUUUUGGAAGCAUUAAGAAGUCCAAACAUACAUUUAGUUUCCCAUAAUGCUACACUAGAUAUUAAAUGUGUGUUGGUGGUUAAAAA